UUUUCCGGCACGUUUACACAGCGCUCGCUAAGUUCUCCCUCCCCAGAGAUGGCCAGACCUCGCAAGAUGCGAUCUCCGUCCGAGGAGCGGGCAUGGCAAGCGCGCCGCGCUGAGCAGAGUAGACUGAGGGCCGCGGCGGCACGAGAACAGCGAAGGGCGCAGGACCCCGACUAUCAUGCGCGAGAGGCAGCGCGUAUGCGCCGAAGGCGUCAAGACCGCCAAGUACGCGAAGAAGAGACGAAGAGACAGUGUCAACGGCGGGCCGAAGGCGACGAGUCGUGGGAGCACGAGGCAGACGCGAAGCGGCGGGGACGACGGGACCUGCCCGACGUCGUUCCUUCCACUGUGGUGACGGCCGAAUGUCAGAGGGCAUCCCUGGACAUCCCCUCUGGAUGCGUCAACGAUCCUGUUCCUGGCACGGCAUCAUCUCCUGUGCCACACCAAGGCCCUGUGCCACAUCAAGGUCCUGUGCCACAUCAAGGACCUGCGUCACAUCAAGACCCUGUGGCACAUCAAGAUCAUGUGUCACAUCAAGACACUAUGCUACAACAAGACCAGCCUGCCAUUGAACAAGAACCGUCAGUGCCAGUAUCGUCGCAAACUGAGAAGGACCUCUCAAGCGGCGACCAUCUCUCCUGCAGCGACAGCAGCAGGGUGUUCGCAAGACUCGCCAGCCUGCUCCUUCUUACAGACCAAAACUGCGGGCUCUGUGGCGGCGACGAGGAGACUGUCGAACACAUCUUGGGACAAUGCAGUGGCAUCGACCAGAAAGGGCAAAGCGCGUUGCAGUGCGGUGUAGAACAGGCCCUUGGCUACGGAGAAGAGGCCGAGGAGGGCAACGGUGACGACGGUGACCGUAAAAACCGCACGCAUUCGACGGACGCAACGAAACGCCGCCUAGUGGCGUGGGAGCGACUUUGCCGCACCUAG